AUGGUUCUCACUGUCCUUAUCGCAUUUGGUGCCGUCACGGGCGCGUCUGAAGGGCUUAAGGCCUCACAGUCUAAGGCCCGCAGAGAGGAACACAGAAGCCGGAAGAAUAACCUCGUUGUGCAUGUUCCAAAAUCAUCAGAACACAGCCAGGUUCUCGAAAGCCGACAUGUGGUAUUGUCGGGAGACAAGCUGUACAUUGACACGGGCCUUGAUAAUAAUGCCCCUUUUGGACAUCCAUUCGAAGGAUAUUACCUCGCGUAUCCUGGAACGAACCAUGCCGGGCUGGUGUCAAGCAUCACAGACGAAGCACCGAUCAUGAAUUGGAUCUAUAUGGAUGCUCUGACCUACGAGAUCAAGUUUGGCACACGACAAUAUUCUGAAGGACAUCUUACAGGGCCAUUCGACUGCACAAGGCAAGAUCGAAGAUUAACAUUGGCAGGGUACGAAGGGUUUGUAGCUGUCAAGGAAGGAAACUUCUGGGCGCUAUAUUUCGAUUGGGACGGAGAUCGUUUGGAAGGCAAAGUGGGACAAGGAGUCACAGUUGUCGAUGUGGAUUUGAUACGAAAAGAGCUUCGGGAGCGGAAGCCUCCUCGACAACCACAGCAGGAGCAACCUGAAGCAGAGAAGCAGGCAACCUAA